UUGAGCCUAUGUUCACGUUAAAUUAGACACCCAACAAAUCGAAAAGGCGGUAAGAUCAGACCACGCCAGAGUGUCGGAGGUGUGCAUUUUUACAAGACUACGUGAGAAAAGAGUGCCAAAACCAGGACGGAUGUCGCCUAGACGAACUCGUGCAGCAACGGCGGAACAAUCUGCUGUUUCUACUAGAUCUAAGGCACAAAAAGUAAAUGUGAAUCAUGAUGUGGUCAAGUCAGCACAGAAAGUCAGACAGUCGCAGAGGAAGAGAAAAUCUAAUGUUAAAGAUAAUUUAGAAGUCACUAUCAAGCAAAAUACUAAAAAAGAGUCACCUGAUCUAGAGGUAACAUUCAAAAAGUCCACAAAGAAGAAAGCUGCUCGCCGGAGGCUUAAUUUAGACAAAGGAGCAGAUACAUCUGUAUCACAAGAAGACCAAAAUAUGAAUCUCAGUGAAUCAAUCAGAGUGUUAAGAAAUAAGCAUUGCAACAAUAAUGCAAUGGAACUUGACAAGACUUUUCAGUACAAUACCUCAAAAAAUCAGGAUUCGGAGAAAAUGCUUAAUAGAACAUUACAACGGAAUAUCUCUGCCACGAAUGCAAAGAUAUCGCCUGUCAUAGUUACUCCUAAAAGUACACCUCCCAAACUUAGUCUUACACCGCACAGAUCUAAAAAAACACCCAAAAAAUCACCGAUCUCCAUAGGUUCUCCAAAGACACACUCAGUAGCUGUACCAAAGCUAUUUAAGAGUCCACGAAAGUUAUCUCUCGUUACUACAGGCGAGGAUUCUGAGGAAAGUUUAGAAAAAUCAGAUAGUGAUUCUCGCAGUAAGAAAUCACAAAAAAGCAAAAAGAACAAUCUAGGCAAUAGUCCAAUAAAAACUCAUUCCAAGUCCAAUAAAAAUGAAUCAAUAUCACCAAAAGUAAAACGUAAUCGCGAGAAGUCUGAUUUAAAUUUAAUAAUACGUAAAUUCUCGAAAUCUCCGAAAAUAGUGUUAAAAUCCUCAAAAUCAAAAAAAUCAAAAUCACACAAAUUGAAAUUAUUAUCUCCAUCCCAAAUACAAAUAAGUCUGGGAACAAAGCCUUCCAUGAGUCUUGAUACUACGCCAAAUGUUGAAAAUGAUAAAUCGUCCAAAAUUAGUCCCAAAAAAUCUCUUUUAUCUAAGAAAAAGAAUUUGUCAUCAAUUAACUAUUGUUUAAGUCCAAAAUUAACAAAGAUAAUGACGACUUCACAAAUAAAAGAUGUGUUGGCUGAACCAGUAGUACUUUUAGAUAAAUUAUCGCCUGAAAACUUGAAACAAAAAUAUGUGGUCGCUAAUAAAACUCGAGAUAUUUCGAUCAAAGUAAAAUCUCCCUCAAACAGGGAAAAAAGAAAUUUGAAGAUAUUCAGAAUACAAGUUAAGAACGUUUUUGAAGAUGCAUCUUCUAAGCAAAGUUCUAAUUCUAAAUUAAGAAAUAAUAGUAUGGAGAAACCACGAAUUAGUGAUACUAACCAAAUAUCAAGAAUUAAAUAUAAUACAUUAAUACAAGGGAAAGCGCCCUUAGUAUCAUCCACUCCACGAGAGAGAAAAAUGAUAUCAAGAAACACUAGUUUGUGUUCUAAUACUUCUGAUUCUGUAAAUAACACUUCUCUUAAUACUAGAUCAAAAAAUCAAUCCAAUAUGCAGCUAGCUAGCACAAUUGAUAAAAAUACAGAUAUUGAGAAUAUAUCUUUACCUUCUCUUUUUGAUAAAGAAAUUAGUGAUACUAGUCAAUCUCUCCUUUCAAAUGUUACGAAAUUAAACACUACUUAUGACAAGGAUAAUUCGAUAGAAAAGAAACAAGGAAAAAAUAGGAAUACCUAUGAAUUGGAACAACCUCAGAUGCUAAGUUUACAACAAAUGACGAAAAAGCGCAAUUCAACAGAUGCGAAUUUAAGCAUAAAAGAUAACGCUAAAAAAGCUAAAGUACAUUUUGCGGAUAUAUCAUCUGAUAUAAAUAGUGCACAAAACUCAGUUAAAAAGCUGCAUGGAUCACGAUCAAGUAUAUCACGUAAUAUUAAUGUACAGCAUAGAAACAAUGUUAUGAAUUCAGCACAAAAAUUGAAAAGGACUGAAACUGCAAAGCUUACUCGGAACUCACUAAUUUCUCCUUUUACGAGCUCAAAUCCAAGAAUAUACAAAGGCACACCGAUAAUUCCGGUGAAUUCAAUUCAAGUAACACCAAAAACUUUUGCAUCAGUUGAAAAGAAAUCAGAGAAAAAAUCAUCGCUGAAAAAAGUACCAAAUUUUGGAAGGAUACAUGAACAAAUGUUUGCUAAAUCAGAAUCGCUUGUAGAUGCAAAGAAACGUUUGGAAGCUAGACAUCUAGCGUUCACUAAGAACAAAUCAUUUUCAAAAGAUGAGAAAUCAGAACAGAAGAAACCAUUGCCAAGCGACACAAAGGACGGUAUUCAUAACAGAUUUGGAUUUAAAUUGAAAAAGCCAGAAGCUACGCAUCUUAUAUUGAAAAAACAAACUAUUUUUGCAAAAGCAGCAACAUGA